AUGGCGACGACCAUCCGCCCCCGCACGCCCGCCGACCUCCCCGGCUGCGCCGACGCGCUCAAAGCCGUCCACGCUCUCAACGGCUACCCGGUCCUGGGCGUAGACAACCCAAUCGCCUUCCUGCAGACAGACGACGUGUCCUGGGUCGCCGAGCUCGAAGAAGAAAAGGACGACGGCAGCAGCAGCAGGCGCAUCGUCGGACACAUCACCCUCACAAAAGCCAGCACAGCCGACAUCUCGGCACAACUGUGGUGGCAGCUGCACCCCGACGACAAAACCGACAUCGCCGUGCUGGGCCGGCUGUUCGUGCACCCCGACGGCCGCGGGGGCGGCACGGCGAGCCGGCUGAUCGAGGCGGCGGUGGAGGAGGCGCGUGGGCGCGGGCAGAGGCUGGUGAUGUUUGCGCUGGUGCCGAGGGCGCUGGACGCGAUGAGGCUGUAUCGCAAGUUGGGGUGGGUGCACUAUGGGAGUACGGUGUUUCGGUGGGGCGAGGGCGAAGAGAUGGCGGCUGAGUGCUUUGCUAGUCCGUUCGCGUGA